AUUCGCUGUUAUCACUGAGCAGGGACCUGACCACUUUGGCAGUUUUAUUUUUGAGAAUGUAGCUUCAUGUAUUUUGAUAUAAUGUUUGUGUGAUCAUUUCACAUUUGUAAUGUCGUCAAAGGGCCCAACAGUGGCUGGUUCAGACGGCUCAGAUUUUUCUCAUCGCCAAAAAGUUGCUGAUCACUACAAAAUCAGUGUUCAGAACAAAAGUCGCCUUAAAUACUGUAUAUUAUUUCAUUAUUUACUAUUCUUUCUUAUGGUUGCAAAAUUAUGCCCUGACGUUUUGGAUAAAUUGGAUAUAUUUGUAUUAGAAAUUGAAGAACUUGAAAUUCCAAAGCCGUUGUUAUGGGAAUAUUUAUGGUGUUUGAGUUUGCCAGCUUCAAUUUAUGCAUUACGUGCAAUUAAACAUAAUUCUGUACAAAAUAUUUCUUUAUAUAUCAAAUGGAUUAUUGCGCUCGGUAUUCUGCCAGUGGUCUAUGCCUUUUUUACUUACCUGCCAGAUGUAUAUACAUUUAUUACAGAAAGUCCUAAUGAAUCUAUUCAACUAUGGCUAAAUUUCCCUUAUGGUAUACUUUGGUAUAUAUUCAUUGCUCUUGCUAUUCAAAUUCAUGGGUUUUCAAUUCAUUUUGCACUGAAUUUGAAAACAGCUUGGACUGCAAGAGGUACAGCUCAAAAAAAGAAAUAAAUUUGUGACUCAGAAAAAUCAUGGUGAUCUACAAUAGUGUAAUACUAUGGGCCAUUAAAUGUACAAUCUAUAAUUAAAAUGUUAUCAUUAUAAUAAUGAGAACUGCAUUUUUAUGUUAGUUGAA